UGGAAACUGCGAACUGAGCAAAACGACCAAACCCAAGGGUCCAACAAGUACGACUCGGCAUUAUAAUACAUCAUCAACCAGGAGCCCAAGGAUGCAGGAAGUCAGAACAUUCAUCCAUGAAGCGACCAGCGCCUUUAAUAGUAAAGACAGAGAUGGGAUCACUCAACUGAUCGCGCUCGAGGAAGCCGAUCCGAGGCUAGCAAAACUCCAAGAGGCACUAUACAAGAUGACUGAGGAGGCAAUACGAUCUACAGUUCAAAAUGAUAUGAAGAACGGACCGAGGCCUCUGAAAGAUUUUAUCACAAACUAUUUAUUGUUUUCAAUAUCUUCUGCACUGGUGACAUCGUCCAUGGUCGACGUUUAUGAGCAGCUUUCGACGUGCUACGGAAACUUUCUAUCUCUCUAUGCGGCAUCGGAUGCCCAAUGGCUAACGCCCCUCCUUAUAAAUCUUUCGAGUUCUUUGGUCACUUGGGCUGUCUAUGCAGAUGAAGAGAAACCAAAAGCCAAGGAGCUGAAGAUCAGCGAUGCUGCAGCAAAGCAUCUUUCAAAGGCUUUUAAUAUUGUCAUCAGCGACAAAGUGCCCAAUGCAUUAAAGGAUUCCAAGAAGAUGGCGCUUUACUACUUGGCUAAUCUGACGUUCCGCGUGUAUUUCAAGCUGCGGUCCACGCGCCUCAUCCCCACCAUGAUCGCCAAUAUUUCCAAAGCAGGCGUCGAUCUAUCAAGCUACCCGAUGAGCCAACAAGUCACCCACCGAUACUACCUGGGUCGUUACUAUCUUUACCAGCUCGAUCUUCGCCGUGCGGAGCGGGAGUUAGCAUUUGCCUUCAGGAACUCUCCAGACUUUGGAGAUGACGAGAGCGAUAACGGCAUCAUAUACAACAACAGUCGACUCAUUUUGAUCUAUCUCACUUCUUGUCGACUUUGCCUCGGUCGUAUGCCCGCCAUGCAAUUACUGGAAGCGUACAAUCUGUUACCAUUUUUUGCACCGCUCAUGACCGCUGUGAAGCUUGGAAACCUGGCCCUCCUAGAUCAGACGCUGAGCUCGCCGGACUUCAUGAUGUGGUUUGUCAAGAAGGAGAUAUUUUUUUUGCUGAAGGAGAAGCUGACGGUUCUCUGCUGGCGAUCACUCAUCCGGAGAGUAUGGCUUGCGUCUCAACACCCACCGGAGCCACCACAGUUGCGUGUUCAGCUGGAGGUGCUCUUCAAUGUCGUGUUGGAGCUCAUCAAGGACUCGACGUACGACAUAUACAACAUAUUUGAUAUUGAGUGCAUUACAGCGUCGCUCUUGGAUCAGGGCUAUAUCAAGGGCUACAUCCAUUCGCAAAAAAAAAUCCUUGUCCUCAGCAAAACUAAUCCGUUUCCAAUUGUUUAUACCGUCGAAGUCAUGGAAGAGGUCCUGUAAAACUUUUUUAUUCAAAGUUGCUGCCGACAUAGGUCAUACCUAAAAAUUUGUUAAUAUGGUGUCAGAUCUUAACUCUUCCAGCUAGCAACCAUAAUUCUUGAAAAAGUCCUUUCUCGCUAGCGGGCGACAUACAUGUGGUUCGUUUGUUGUUGUUGUUGUUUUACUACCAGUGCGCUUCUCUUGAUUAGUAGAAACAA